CUUUCCCAAACCUGAGUACUUAGGAACUGCUUGAUUACUGGUCACAUCCCUGAUCAUAUCCAGAAUUUAAACUUGACGCAUUUAGAUCUGAGCUAUAACCAGCUAAGUGGUCCAGUUCCGGAACUACAUCUUUCAUAUAUGUUCCUUACAAACAACUCACUUUCUGGAACACUACCACAAUGGCUAUUGAACAGCAAGUAUAGUGUCGACCUCUCUUAUAAUAAUUUCACUGGCUCACCCCCAGCUAGUUGCCAGCAGUCAAAUGUGAACCUGGUUGCUAGUUAUUCAUCUGCAAAGGGCAUUACAAAUUGGUGCUUGAUGAAGGAUCUUCCUUGCUCCUCAAAGCCUCAAUAUCAUUCAUUAUAUAUCAAUUGUGGGGGAGGCAAGACGAGCUUUGAGGGGAAUGAAUAUGAAGAGGAUACCAUCUCUAGUGGCCCAUCAAAUUUUUAUGCAUCUGGACAAAAGUGGGCUUACAGUAGUACAGGAGCUUUUCAGUUCAACAGCACUGCCAACUUCUUAACAAGGACAUCUGAUCCUAAUGUGAUCAGUAUUUUCCAAACAGCUCGCAUGGCACCUGUGUCACUUAGGUAUUAUGGACUUUGCAUGAGACGAGGCAGUUACACAGUGAAGCUGCAUUUUGCUGAAAUAAUGUUCACCGAUGAUCAGACUUUUAGUAGCAAUGGAAGGCGUAUCUUUGAUGUGGCAAUUCAGGGGAAUGAAGUUCUAAAGGAUUUCAAUAUUGCGGAAAAAGCUGGAGGGGCUGGCAAGGAGAUCACCAUGGAGUUCAAAGAUGUCUAUGUUAAUGGGAGCACACUUGCAAUCUACUUGUACUGGGCUGGAAAAGGAACAACAGCUGUUCCAAAAAGAAGUGUAUACGGACCUCUUAUAUCUGGGAUUACAGUGACACCCACAGACUUCAAAGUUAGCAGAGGAUUAUCUGGUGGAGCCAUUACUGGAAUCGUGCUUGCUUCAUGCGCCAUUCUUGUAUCAUUCCUGCUAAUUCUGAGGACGACAGGUUACUUGGGUAGGAAAGACCAUGAAUAUGAUGAACUUCGGAGGUUAGAUAGAGGUUAUUUUACCUUGAGGCAAAUUAAAGCUGCUACAGAUGACUUUAGUCACAGAAAUAAAAUCGGGGAAGGAGGAUUUGGGCCAGUUUACAAGGGUGUACUACUUGACGGCAAGGUGAUUGCCGUCAAGCAGCUGUCUUCAAAAUCGAAGCAAGGAACCGUAUUUGUAACUGAGAUAGGCAUGAUCUCUGCUCUCCAACACCCAAAUCUGGUAAAGCUUUAUGGCUAUUGCAUUGAAGGAAAAGAGCUACUACUUGUAUAUGAAUACAUGGAAAACAACUGCCUGGCUCGAGCACUCUUUGGCAAGGAAGAUCAGAAGUUACACUUGAACUGGCGAACAAGAAAAAACAUAUGCUCAGGAAUUGCUAGGGGAUUAGCAUAUCUUCACGAGGAGUCAAGGCUGAAGAUUGUCCAUAGAGACAUUAAGGCAACUAAUAUAUUACUUGAUAGGGACUUGAGCGCUAAAAUAUCAGACUUUGGUCUUGCAAAGCUUGAUGAAGAAGAAAACACUCAUAUAAGUACCAGAGUUGCUGGAACCAUUGGAUAUAUGGCUCCAGAAUAUGCAAUGAGGGGUUACCUCACAGAUAAGGCAGAUGUCUACAGCUUUGGAGUCGUCAUACUUGAAAUUGUGAGUGGAACAAGCAAUACACGCUAUAUGCCAAGGGAAGAAUUCAUUUUUCUUCUUGACUGGGCCUAUGUAUUACUAGAGCAAGGGAACCUUCUGGAACUUGUGGAUCCAACUCUUGGCUCAAGUUACUCUGAAGACGAGGCGUUAAGGCUGCUGAAUAUAGCUCUAAUGUGUACCAAUCCAUCUCCCACUCUCAGACCCAAGAUGUCUUCAGUUGUGAGUAUGAUAGAAGGCCAGCUUCCUGUUCAAGCAAGGAUACUCAAUCAUAGUGAUACUAGCAAUAGUAUUCAGAGUAAUUGAGCUCGAAGCGCAAUAUCAAUGGAUACAGUAUUCCCAAUCAUAUUGGAAUUGAUAAACUACUUUAAUUUCCAUGCACAGCUUUAAACGAGAAGCUAGAUACGAUUGAAGUAAAAAUCAUCCAAGUUGUUGAAAAAAAUUUAUCAUGGAAGUUCUUGUUUAGACAUUA